AUGGCUUCAUCAGCUUUCAUCAACACGCCGCCCGCCAACGACCGAGACCUAUUCAUCGCCAUUGGCAUGCUACUCGAUGCUGGCAUCACAGCAGGCAUGCGAGACCCGUCCGAAGGCGUAGCGAUGAGACCCAGCCGCCCCGACGACUAUAUCUUCGAAACAAAAGCGCCUGGCAUCAUAGCCGGAUCUGCCAUAUGCAUCUUCGUCAUGCUCUUGGUGACCAGCACGCGCUUCUUGCUCCGGAUAUACCUACCUCGACUCAAAUGGGGUCUCGACGAUACCUUGUUGGUGCCCGGAGUGGUGAUGGCUAUCGCAUAUUCAGCAUUACAGGUCGCCAUGGCCCUGAAAGGGGGCGCAGGCAAGCACAUCUUCGAUGUUACUUACCUCGAAUACUACCACUAUAAGUGGUAUGCCAAUAUUGCCCAGAUUGGCUAUGGUAUGUCGUCCCGGAUGAAGUGA